GCUCUCAUGGGGACUUUAACUGAGCUGGGGGCUCAGAACCUGCUGGACACCAUCAUGUACCUAUGUGGAGUGUCAGGAUCUACCUGGUGUUUGACAUCUUUGUACCACAACCAGACCUGGUCCUCUGAAUUAGAGAAGGCAGAGAAAGAGAUGGUGCAAAGACUCACAACUGGCUCGUUUGACUGUCUAAAAGCAUUGGCAAGAAUUAUGGAGGCAGAAAAGGAUGAGAACUUUUCCAUCACAGAUGUAUUUGCAUCUACAAUUGUAUACGACAUGGUGAAGCAGGUGGAUGAAAAACAUUUUUCUAAGGAAACCGAUGAUGAAAUGAACAACCCUUACCCUAUCUUGGCAGUUGUGGACAAGGAGCAGAGACAGAAGGAUGAAUACGAUAGAGGGGUCUGGUGUGAGAUUACCCGCCAUGAAGUGGGGUACUCUGGGUAUGGAGCCUUUGUGGAAACACCAUUCUUUGGGAGCCGUUUUGCAGGAGGGGAUGUGGAGGAGCUCAGAGAUGAGAUGGACAUCCUGUACUUGCAAGGUCUUUCUUCAUCUUUGUUGUUACACUAUAGAUGAAGAAAAAACUCCACUUGGAUGCCAAAGCCUUUGAUACACACAAAAGAUUUUUAGGCAAAUGGAGGAACUUUUCCAUAUAUUUCUAUUGGACUUCAGUUUAUUGUGUUGGGCUUUUACAUAAUGUUUGGUAAUGGUGAUAAAAUAUUCCAUGUGUUACAUUUGCAUUAGGAAAUUAGGAAAAUUAAUAAUUUUAUAGGGAUGGCUGUUCCCAGGUACUCCUAAAUUAUCUUGAAUGGAAGAGGUGCCCAUGGUGACUCCACUAACCGCUGACCACAUAAUCUAUGUAAACUUUUGGUUCACAGAGAAGGGUUUCUCAACUUCCAUUGCAGAAAAACAACAGAAACAAAACUCAUCCUGAAACUAGGUUCACACCUCCCCCUUUCUCUCAAUGACUGACUUGUUUUCAUGUAAUCUUCUUUAUUCUCAUGCUGGUUUUGACUUCACACCUUUCUUCACC